AUGAAAAUCCGAGCGGGCGCGGCAGUGCCACCUGCGCCGCAGUCCGUUGUGAAGCACAUGGAGGAGCAACCAGCCGCUGCAGGCACCAAGUCUAGCGGCGGCAUAGGUGGUAGGCGCAUGAAGUCAGGUGUGGGAGGGGAGCGCGAGACGAAUCACGGCGUUGGUGUCUUCCUGCUCUCCACCCACCGUAUUCCGCACGCGUUGAAACCGCAAUCGUCAACCACAUGGGUAUCGACCAGGCUGGUGGAGCAGUGCGUGGAGGGCUACCGGGAUGCACUCUUACUUGCGCGUGAGUACGGACAAAAGACGGAGGCCGAGCGGAUGCAACUCCGCAUGCAUUUGCUUAGGUUUCAGCAGCAACAUCAAACCGGUGACAGCGUUGAUGAGAAUGGUCCGUCCCCGCCUCUGAUUGUCGAGAGGCAGCUAUGGGAGUUCAUGCUGCGCAAGAAGGACACACACCCGGCUCUUCUCUCCGAGUCCCUGCGCUAUCAGCAAAUACUGCAGGACAUGAACCACUUGGCACGAGGACUACUUGCCCCUGUAGAUAUCCUGCGCCACCGCAACUCCUGGCUGUUGCUGCUGGAGGAUGUUCAACUCAAUUUAGCCGACCGUCUUUUUCACUAUCGUGUUGUCGUGCGUCGCUCGCCACCGGCUGCGUUGGCGGAGCGGUUGUGGCGCGAUCUUUGGUCGCUGCUCGGCGCGGCGUGGCGGCAGCGAGAGCGGCUGCUGGGAGUCUAUGCGGAGGGCAUUCCACCGGUCAAACUUGACGGCGACGCCUCGCAGCUGCCACCACCCAUUGCCGCCUCCCCUGCACUACGCGACGCGUACCGCGAGAGGCAGCGCGAGUACCACAGCCGCCACGCUGGGAGCGAGCCGUGUGUGCGAUGCGGCGUGACGCGGCAUGAGGAGGACGUUUACGCCUUUGGACCUCUGCUGCCGCACCGCGUGGGCGUCACAAUGUCCCGCCGCUACGCCAUCCGUGCGCCUCUGCUCGCUGUUCUCCGCUCGCUGAGGGUACAGGUGUGGGAGACACAGCCUGCGAAGCCGCGGGGUAGCUACAACGCCAGCGUCAGCAGCGCGGGUGCUGUUAAUAACGUAGGGACCACGGUGCCCAGCAGUAGCGUCACAAACCAUUUUGACUCCUUGGUAGCGGCUGAUGUGGGCGUGGGGUCGCGUAGCGUGGCCUUCUUCGACCCCACCGCGGAGGAUGUGGAGGCGUGCCGAGUGCCGUACUUGUCGCCGCAGCAUUACACUCGACUUCGAGGAGAAGGCGCACGUGCUGCGCAUGACUGGGACGGUGCUGCUAUUGCGCACACCUUCUCCGACGAUGCAUGGAAUGCUGCCGUGCUGACGGUGGAGUUUAUGCUGGCUGGGUUUCCACUCGGCGGGAGUUGCUGCGGCCACUGUGACCACCAUGUCCCGCCGACGGGUGCGCUGUUUGAGGAUGUUGUGCAGCUACUUGUGGUGCACCACGGCACCCCGCUAGAGGCGGCGCAGAAUUUCAUCUACGCCGCACUCCACGAACUCUCGUUGCUGCUGCUUGCAUCCCCAGCCACCCUGAGGCUUGGUGAGAAGGGCCGCACACAAAGUGGGCCCUCACCGCAGGGUUUGGCAGAGCAAUGGUACCGCUAUCUCCACGAAACGUAUGAAAAAAGCGAGAACAUCACUUUUCUGCGUGAGGUGGCUGAAAAUGGUUUGCGAUGGUCGCAGUGCGAGCGGUGGGAGGCGUUUCAGACUGCGCACGCGCAUGUUGUGCAUGACAGUGCCGUCAGCAGUGAGGACAAUACCAGUGUUUCGCGGGAUUCCGCGCAGCGUGUGCUCGAUGGGUUGAUGUGUCCCUUCUUACCGCUCUACCCCAUGCUGUCUUCCGCGGCUGCAAUGUGUGGUGUUGAUGUGGAGUCGUUUAUGCCAGAAGUAUCAUUGCCACCACCGCCGCUCGAUCCUUCCUUGUGGGAACUUCACAUGCAGCUGCAGUUAUGGAGGAAAAGUAUCGAACGACACAUUAUCUUGGACAGCGGUUGCAGAAAAGAGAGUGAGACGAGACGAACCAUUUUGUUUAAGCAUUUCUUCCGUGUGAUACGUCGGGCAAUACAACUUCGCCUGCAGAAGGAUGAGACUGAAAAGAUAUCAGCCCGUGGAAGCAGUGCUGCUGCUGCUGUAGCUCAUACCAAUACAUCACCUACACAGUUGGUUGCUCCUCUGUCUCACGCAAAGCAAUAUGGAUUACUUCUCGAGUUGAUUGAACGUGGUGCCCUCUUUUCGUACCGCAGGAAUGGCUGCUUGGCGCGUAUUAGCAGCAGCGGCGAUGACAAUAUGGGUGACGACUCCUUCCAAGUGUUUCCCCUUUCGCAUGUGUUUCUUCCGCUGAGAGAUGUGGUGUCACUGCUCCGUGACGAUGUGACAUCACUGACUGUGUCGUCGUCGUCGUCGUCUGCGGCGGCAGUGUCCAUUAACGCGCUCGACAGCAUUGUGGGUGUGAAGCAUGCUGCCACACGUGACCUGCCCUCUCCUCUCCCAUCAGCAGCAGAGGCGACAACAACAACAACAGCUGCAGCGGGGAAAGGAUUUCUGGUCACGACAAAGGCUACCAUCCGUGCGGUGGAUUUGAGUGUGGCGGCGCAACUCACGCUGGUGACAGACCUACGCAGCCUGCUGCUCACCACACCGGCUGUGAGGCGUGCAUCUUUGGUGCGACGCUAUCUGAUCGACGCGCAAAUUGUUGCCGGUGCUGCUGAAGUGCCAGUCCCUGCGAUUAUCCGCGGAGUGGUGUGGGGCGCGCUGCUGCUGGUACCGCCAGAGUCGGCUCGUGUGUCGGUGUACCACGCGCUGAACACCGCGCGCCCCUCCGCUGCAGACCGACAGCUGGCGGUAGACAUCCCGCGCUGCCACCAGUACCACCCACUCCUCGCGUCAGUGGAAGGAAACGAGCGGCUGGGGCGCAUAAUCAAGGCGUGGCUGCUGCUGAACCGUGGGCUUACAUACUGGCAGGGCAUGGACAGCGUUUGCGCCAUCCUUCUUGCUGCUUCCUUUACGGAUGAGGCGCUUGUGGCAGCUCAGCUUGAGAAACUUACACUGCAUUACAUACCACACGACACCGUGACCACCUCUUCCACACGGGCCAAGAGUAUGGAGGAUCACUUGCACCAGUUUACCGUGCUGCUACGGUACUGCGAUCCCCUCUUGGCGGUGCACCUCCUGGACGAGGUAGAGUGUCUGCCGGAGCUGUUUGCAAUCAGUUGGUUUCUCACCCUCCUCGCACAUGGCCUGCCGGUGGGAAAGACAUAUCUUCUGUGGGACUUCCUCUUUGUAUACAGCGACGCGUACCCACACUGCUUGACCGUACUCUGCCUUGCGGUGCUGCUGCAGCACCGUGAACGUCUGUUGAGGAAAGAUCUCUCUGUUUGCCUCACAACGUUGCGUCGUGUGCAGGGCAUCGAUGUCAGUCUCGUCUUGCGUGACACGGCAGCUAUUUUGCGCGCCGUGCCGCCAGCCGUCGCGCUACUGCCGUAUCACUCGGCGGAGUGGGGGGCGGAGGUGCGAUGCUGCAAUGUGUCUCGUAUGGACGUGCCGACUAUUCUGAAGGCGUUCCGCGGUGCAGCGCGGUGCGGGGCUGCGCAACACGUCGAUGAUGAUAGCGACACUGAAGCAGAAGUGUGGGCGCAGGCCGGUGUCUUUCUUGUCGAUCUCCGCACGGAGCGAGUCACUGCCGCCCUCCCACAGCAACUUGCGCGCACAGAGGAGCGUGUCGUUGGGGCGCUGCUGUUCCCCCUGGCGGCUCCCUCCGCAGAUCUCUCCACCCCGGAAGCGGAGUUGACGCAGCGGCUGGUUGGGCAGCACGCCACGGAGCUUCUGCUGCAGACACGCAACGCGGCGAUGGCCGCAAUUCCGCCGUCGCCGUCUGCGAAACAAGGAGGCGGAGGGAGUGACAACUCCUCCGCUGCUGUCAGGGAGUGCACGACAUCUCCCCACAUUGUGCUCUUCACCCAAACGGUGAUUCCCACGGAGACGGCGGUGGCGGAGUCGCUUGCGCUGGAGUUAGUGCGGUGCGGUGCGCCCAAUGUAUCCAUUCUGCUUGGUGGCUUUGCGCAGCUUAAGUGCGAGGCCCCGCACCUCAUCGUGGAGGUGGAGAAGGAAUGA